AUUUUCUCAGUGGAGGGAUUUGGAUUGUCAGAUCCCAUCGGGUUCAGAGCUGCAGAAAUUUCCUUCUUUGGGAAGCCUCCUGAAGCAGAGUUAUAAACCACCAACAAGCAAUUAGAUGGGAAAGGGGAUCAGUUGUAAAGAUCCAGGCUAUUUGUAAUCCUUUUGCACUAACUUCCAAAACAGAGUUUGUUCUUCUCAGCAAAGCGCUGAAUGGAAAAGGAAAGCAGGGAAGGAAGACAUCGGCACGUCUGUUUAUUUGGAGGCAGGUCAGCUUGUCAGCAGCCUAGGAUAUAGAUUCAUUACAGGAAGGGAUUUCUUUGCACUAGAAGGUACCAUAAGCAUUGUUCAAAGCUGCUGGGGUUUUUCAAACCAGCAAGAGACAGAAAUUCUUAUUUCACUUGUGUGAUUCCACCAAAAAAGAGUCUUUAAAUGAAGUAAGAAGGACAGGGGAAAAGAUGCCAGAAUGCCAUAGCCAGAGCCAAACUAGUUCUAACGAUUUAAAAAUCUCUUAGGUGUUCCCUUUAAAGGACCAGAAAGGGUUCAGCUGAACAAGGUCUGCUUCCAGUGCAGAUGCUAUUCACAAAAGCAGACUGGUAAUUCAGUUAAUGCUUACAGGAGGCACAGUUGUCCUCAUCUUCACCAACCUUUGGAAAUGUUUUUAGCUAAGCCAGGGGCAUAUGAAAGGUUUAGUUAUUGUCAUGCAGGUAUUUGCAAUACAUGUUCUUGAAUUCCAAGGAAAAAAGUGCUCUCAGGCUCAUUACAGGGAUACAUUCAUAGGCCAUGUCAUGGAUGAGAGUCAGUGAAUUGAUGGUCAUGGCUGGAAUCGUGGUAAAGCUGCUCUGGCUAUAGGCAGUGUCAGGGGAAAUGUAUUAUUGCAUCACAAGGCACUGUGAGGUGGGGGGGCAUUGGAAACAGCCUGUUGUGCAGCCCUGAGAGGGCAUCUCUAGCAAUGGGUGCACGAGCCUAUAAAAGGGGAGUGGACAAAGAGAGCUCUGUGAAGAAUGUUUGACCCCAGCGUUCUGGAUGUUCCGGCUGUAAUCUUUGACAAUGGGUCUGGGCUGUUCAAAGCAGGUGUCGCAGGGGACAGUGGCCCAAGGUCUGUUUUUACAGCAAUUGUUGGGCGCUCUAAAGUCAAAGCUGCAAUGCUGGGAGCUGGGCAGAAAGAAUGUUACAUUGGAGAAGAAGCUCAGUCCAAACGGGGGGUGCUGUCUUUGAAUUAUCCAGUUGACCAUGGCAUCGUUACAUCCUGGGAUGAUAUGGAAAGGAUCUGGAGACAUGUGUAUGAGUGCGAGCUGAGGAUCAAGCCCUGUGAGAGGCCAGUGCUGCUAACUGAAGCCCCCCUCAAUCCUCUGCAGAACAGGGAAAAAAUGACAGAGAUCAUGUUUGAAAAGUUCAUGGUACCUGCCAUGUACGUUGCAGUCCAGGCGACCCUGGCACUCUAUGCAUCGGCCCGUGUCACUGGGAUGGUCAUGGACAGCGGAGAUGGUGUCACCCACACUGUCCCCAUAUAUGAAGGAUACUGUUUACCCCAUGCUGUCUCCAGGCUGGAUAUUGCUGGCCGGGAUAUCACCGAAUACUUUAUGAAGCUGCUUUUGGAGAGUGGACACACUUUUGUCAGCACGGCUGAAAGGGAGAUUGUCAGAGAUAUCAAAGAGAAGUUGUGCUACGUAGCUUUAGACCCCGUCCAAGAGAUGAAAGCAAAGCCAGAAGAGCUCACGAGGGAGUACAGACUGCCUGACAACAAUGUCAUCCAGAUAGGCAACCAGCUCUUCCGUGCACCAGAGACCCUUUUCACGCCUGCAAACAUUGGAGUGGAAGCUCCCGGCGUGCACAAAAUGAUCUUCAACAGCAUCAUGACGUGCGACAUCGACGUGCGCAGGAGUCUUUAUGGCAAUAUCCUCCUCUCGGGUGGGUCCACGCUCUUCCCUGGCCUGGAGGAGCGGAUCCUGAAGGAGAUGAAGCUGCAAGUGCCUUCUGGCAUGUUUGUGAGGAUCAUCGCCCCCCCUGAGAGGAAAUACUGCGUGUGGAUUGGGGCCUCCAUCCUCACCUGCCUGACAUCGUUCCGACAAAUGUGGGUCACCGUGAACGAUUACAGGGAAUCUGGGGCCGCUGUCAUUCACCGCAAGUGUGUUUAAGGAGACCGUUAAGUGAAGGGCUUGCUACAGCAACAGGUGAGCAAGGAGCCCUGCUGAGAGCUGACUGACCGGAAAGGUGCUACAGCUGUUUGUGUGUGCACUGGCUGACGCACCGUGUGUGAAGAUCAGACAUUAAAAGCUUAAGCAAUGAGGA